GAUUUGAGUACCACUACUAGGAACAUUUCAACAGAGUGAUGAUGCAAAGAACAUCAAGCAUACUGAGGACAAGAUCAGGCUCGGUGUUUUUCGCCAGAAGCAUGAGCACAACACUAGUGAGGGCCAAGGAAUUGCCAAGACCAACGCAGCAGUAUAUGUCAGAUAUGGGUGAGCAACCAACGCCAUUGACGGAAAGUGAUAUUGCUGCUAAGGAAGUGUCUGAUAUAGAGCUACCGCAAGCAACAUUAGAUGAAAAGGCAGAGAUCAAAAAGGCGAUGAAAAAAAGAUCACUACGAAUGACAUUCUGGCAGUUGUUUCUAAUAACCUUGUUAGGAAGUUCUACCUUGAAUAUAAUGAGAGAGAAAAAUUUGAGAGAUGAACUUGAUGAAAACUUCGAAAAGAAAUUUGGCGUGUUGAAAAGAUUACAAGAAGAAGCAGAGCAGGGGAAGAUUACUGUGGAGGGUGUGAGAGAAACUUUGAAGAGCUGGAACGAGAGAUUUGUUGACGUUUUCGAUUUGAGUCCUAUCGAAGUUAAAGGUGUUGAAGGAUUAGAUGAACAGAAACUGAAGUUGGCGUUCAACAAGGUUAAGGGAAUAGAAAUUGAUGAAUCAAAUGGCGAACAUAGUCCUGCCAAAACGACUGAAAAAUUGGACAAAUUCUUAUGAUUUUACAUGUAAAUAUAUACACUACAAUAUAACGUUUAAACAGGCAUUUAAAUAA